AUGUUGGUAUUCCGUUUGUCGGUGAUGAUCAAGAUUUUCUUCCAGUUGGAUGCAUCUGUUUGUCCUGAGAAAUGCCACUGCUCUUCAAAAAACGCAGUUCAUUGCUCUGGUCCCCACAUAAAAGACCUGGAAUCAUUAAAUCUGCCUUGCAACAUGACAGAAAUUCACGUAACGGACACUAAUAUAACAUACUUGCAGGAUGUUUUUUCUAGGAUGGUGCAGCUGCAGCAUCUCAUCUUGUCUUCAAACAACAUCUCUCUGAUUUCACCAAAGGCUUUUAAAGGCUUGAGAAGGCUAAAAGCCCUCAAGCUGCUUGAUAAUAAGCUGGUCGAACUUCCCCCAGGGGUGUUUGAUGACAUGGUACAGCUUCAGCAACUGAUCAUUGAAAAUAACAGGUUGAAAUCCAUCGAAGGAAAUCCGUUUGACAAACUAGCUAGUUUGGAGGAGCUUUUCUUGAACAAAAACCAACUGACAGCACUUCCUAGCGGCGUGCUGAAGAAACUUGCCAAACUGAGACUACUGAACUUGUCAAGAAAUUAUUUGGCAGCGCUGCCUGGAAAUAUAUUUAGUGCAUUAACCAGGCUUGAGAAGCUGAUGCUGUAUUUUAACAGGCUGUCUUCAGUAGAGUCUGGUGUGUUUGAUAGCCUGAAGGAGCUGCUGGAACUCUUCCUGCAUUCCAAUAACAUCCAGUCCAUCGCCCCUGAUGCAUUUCAUUGUCUUCGUAAGCUGAGAAGCCUAACGCUCUCAAGAAACAAGCUUGAGGCUUUGCCUCCUGAGCUCUUUCUGCACUUGCAUGACCUGUCUAAAUUGACCUUGUACAGGAACCCACUGAAGUCUCUCCCAGAAGUAUUGUUCGGAGAAAUGAGGCAUCUUGGUAGCCUGUGGCUGUAUCACACAAAGCUCUCAACAAUACCAGAUUUUGUGUUCAGUAACUUGACGAAUUUAGAGCUGCUUGUGCUGAGUUUUAAUCCAGAGCUUAGUGUUCUUCCUAAGAAUGUGUUCAGUGGUCUGAAUGAACUGCGGGGCCUUUCUCUGCACACAAAUAAUAUUUCCAGUCUGCCAGAGGGCAUCUUGCUGAGCCUUCCGAAACUGCAGAACAUAUCCCUUUUCAAUUCGAGGCUUGAGGUUCUUCCUAAAAACCUCUUUCAUAAUCUCAAGCACCUUCAGAAAGUUUACCUGAACAGCACUAAGCUGCAGUCUCUUCCCGGAGAUUUCUUUACCACUUUACCUGAGCUGCAGGAAGUCUUCCUUGAUGGCAACCCUUGGAAAUGCAAUUGUCAGAUUCUUGGCUUCCAAGAGUGGCUACAGAAGAGCACGGAGAUAGUUAAAAAUACGCCAUCUCUAACAUGUGACAGCCCACUAGCACUAAAGAAUAUUUCUCUUGUGGCUCUAACAGAUGAUCACCUGAAGUGCCUGCCAACCACAGCCAUUCCAUACCUGAUGUUCAGCUCAGCGUAUUCCCAGGCUUCAACCUCUCUGGUGACAGAGCACUUGAUAUCAUCUUGGGAGACUACUGUAACAGCAGUGUCCAAAAUGGAGACCAGCACACCUGCAUCAAUUCCUCUUGCAACUCCAGGUUCUUUAUACUCACAUGUUCAAGAUGUUGGAUGGCCUAGGUUGCAUUUCUCAGAUGUUCUAACCCAAGCUUCUCCCAGCGUCAUAGUAGACGCCAGCAGUGCUGGAGGAACAGAUUUAACUACUCUUGCCUGGUGGGAUGAGCUGCCAGCCCGCAGGAGUGCCAAGUUCUAUUCUAAUACUAGAAUUGCUUAUUGUCAGCUAUUCUUGUGCCUUCACAGUUUGAUUUUGGUACUCCAGACUGUAACCAUUGUUCUCAGUCUGUAUGUGAUAAGUAAAACCAGGCAGCUUUUGCACUUCAGAAAUACUCCUGUUCAGCCUGUAGUUCUGUUGAAAUUUUUAAGAAAGUAG